AUGCCUCUCAACACUAUUCUUGAAGUGGAGGUAUUUGAUGUGUGGGGUGUAGAUUUCAUGGGUCCGUUCCCUUCCUCUUAUGGGAACAAGUAUAUUCUGGUUGCUGUGGACUAUGUCUCCAAAUGGGUGGAGGCUCUUGCUUCUCCCAGUAAUGAUGCUCGUGUGGUUAGUAAAUUCUUCAAGAAAAUUAUUUUUCCUCGCUUUGGCAUUCCACGGGUUUUGAUUAGUGAUGGAGGUAAGCAUUUUCUGGAGAAUAAAUUUGAAGCUAUGCUUAAGAAGUAUGGUGUGCAUCAUAGGGUGGGACUUUCAUACCAUCCCCAAACUAGUGGCCAAGUGGAGAUUUCCAACCGUGAGAUAAAAACUAUCCUAGAGAAGACGGUUGCGAGACCACGGAAAGAUUGGGCUGCUAAACUUGAUGACGCAUUAUGGGCUUACAGGACAACAUUCAAGACCCCUAUAGUGGAGCUUUGGAACCGUCAAGAUGGCACUUUCAAGGUAAAUGGCCACAGAUUGAAGCAUUACCGAGUUGGAGAUCCUAUUGCUGAGAGAGUUGACAUCAUACUCUCCAUCCCUUCAUCUAAGUGA